CGGCGGCAGCGGAUCUAGCAGUAUCGGAUCUCUCUUUCUUCCUAGCUCACACCUCCCUACAGAUCUGCAAAAUGGAAGAAGAAAUUGCAGCGCUUGUCAUUGACAAUGGUUCUGGUAUGUGCAAAGCAGGAUUUGCUGGAGAUGAUGCUCCUCGUGCUGUGUUCCCCUCAAUUGUUGGGCGCCCCCGCCACCAGGGUGUCAUGGUUGGCAUGGGCCAGAAAGAUAGCUAUGUGGGGGAUGAGGCUCAAAGCAAGAGAGGUAUCUUGACCCUGAAGUACCCUAUUGAACAUGGCAUUGUUACCAACUGGGAUGACAUGGAAAAAAUCUGGCAUCACACCUUCUACAAUGAGCUUCGUGUUGCUCCUGAGGAACACCCUGUGCUGCUCACAGAAGCCCCCCUCAAUCCUAAGGCGAACAGAGAGAAGAUGACACAGAUUAUGUUUGAGACAUUCAACACUCCAGCCAUGUAUGUGGCUAUCCAGGCUGUGUUGUCCCUGUAUGCCUCUGGCCGUACCACUGGUAUUGUAAUGGACUCUGGAGAUGGUGUUACACACACUGUGCCCAUCUAUGAGGGUUAUGCCCUUCCUCAUGCCAUUCUGCGACUGGAUUUGGCUGGCCGUGAUCUCACAGACUACCUCAUGAAGAUUUUGACAGAAAGAGGCUACAGCUUCACCACCACAGCUGAAAGGGAAAUUGUGCGAGACAUAAAGGAGAAGUUGUGCUAUGUUGCCUUGGACUUCGAGCAGGAAAUGGCUACAGCUGCUUCCUCCUCCUCCCUGGAGAAGAGCUAUGAAUUGCCUGAUGGUCAGGUGAUCACCAUUGGAAAUGAAAGAUUCAGGUGUCCAGAGGCCCUGUUCCAGCCAUCUUUCCUAGGUAUGGAAUCCUGUGGCAUUCAUGAGACCACUUUCAACUCUAUCAUGAAGUGUGAUGUAGAUAUCAGGAAGGACCUGUAUGCCAACACAGUAUUGUCUGGUGGUACCACAAUGUACCCUGGGAUUGCAGACAGGAUGCAGAAGGAGAUCACAGCUUUGGCUCCUAGCACAAUGAAAAUAAAGAUCAUUGCCCCACCUGAGCGCAAAUACUCUGUCUGGAUUGGUGGCUCUAUCCUUGCAUCUCUGUCUACCUUCCAGCAGAUGUGGAUCAGCAAGCAGGAAUAUGACGAAUCUGGCCCAUCUAUUGUCCACCGUAAAUGCUUCUAAAUGGACUACUGGCAAACGCGUAGCGUUUGCUGCAUGAGUUUUUUUUCACCACCAGUAUAAAUUUGCCUGGGCAAAUGUAUACACCUCAUGCUAGCCUCAUGAAACUGGAAUAAGCCUUCUCUUCAAACAUUGUCAUUGGGAAGUCUGUCUCCGAUAAUCCUGUGAGGAUGUCUACAUGUUGCUGAUAUGACCCUGUUCUCAAGUUAAUUGUUCCCUUUGUACAUAGAAAUAUAACAUACCCUGUAUACAUCUGGCCCAAGACUUGGUACAGGUGGCACUCAUACAUUACAAAGGUUUAACUUGUGUCCCACUACUAGGGACGGUGGUCUUGGCAUAACUAGCGAUGUAACAAUGGAGCUUGAGGCUAGAUCUGUACAGGGUAACAAAGGUCAGACUUCCACUACACAAAGCGCUAAGAAUUCCAGAUCACUAUUGUUGAGGCUGGCAGGAGUUUUGUGAAAAGGAUGGCUGUUUUUGUCUUGCCACUGUUCCUAGCAGGGUUGGAAACAUUUCAUCCAAGCCUUAUGAACCUGUUUUUCUUUCCUUGCCCGCUUGUGUCCCAGCAAGAUAUCACAGGGCAAAAUUGCUCUAACUUGAGUUGCUCUAAUGUUUAAUCAUCAGGUUUAAUUUAUGUAAGAUUUUUGUACGUUGCCUUAAUGUUGUCACACGACAGUAGAAAACCAAAAUUUGUAAGUCAUCCUAAAGUUAAGAAUUGUAAUGCCCAACACUUCAUUGUGAAAGGAAAAUAAAAGCGCUGCAGUAAAUGAAGUGGGCCUGAUGUUGCUUGACUAAUGGGCAAAUAACAAUUGGUAUGUACUCAACUGCCAUGUCACUGUACCUAAGAAGUCUAGCUCAUCAAAUCUUCAUUUGGGAAUAACAAACACAAUAAUGGAUUUUUGUGUUUACAAUUCUAGCUUGUUUUAGCCAACGGCUCCUAUCCAGCCAUUUUAAAGUUACAAAAACACUGCAUUUAGAAAACUUGGAAUUUGAACCUAGAAUUGAAGUCCAACAAAACUAGUACAAUUGUGUGGUCACAUUCUUCAGUGCAUUUAUGUUCUGCCAUGGGUUGAAAGAUGUGUGUACUAUUCAUAAAGUGGUACUUCAGUUUGAUAGGUGGCUGAAGUUUUGUGCAAGGGGUUUAAGGGAGAUUACCGUGGAAAGUUUUUAGACUACACCUGGGAGUUUUGUCAGGUUCAAAGGCUUCAUGUCAUUUUAACUAUUUGGUUGGAUAAGUACUGCUCUUGGUAACACUUAACCUUUUAAAGGUAUUGCUUGCUGAAAUACUUCAGUUGGUAGCAAAAUAAGUUUGGAAGACUUAGAUGUCACAUUUAUUUUGGUGUUCGAUUUCUCAGAUGCUUCUGUGUACCUGAGGAGCGAGCUAUGACUUACAGAAGUUAUGCUAGAUAAAGGUAGCUUGGAAACCUC